GACAACCUCCAGGAGUCACGGUUUUUUUUGGUGCUUGUUAACUUUAUCCGAGCCGCUGAACUUAUGGAACGCACCGUUUUAAUUCCUAGUGUCUUAAUGGAUUUAACGGUGAACUCCUUAAUACCUUGUCUAAAUUUGAAUGAAAUUUAUUUAAGUCAAGAAACGGAUUUGAGGACAUUUUACCUCGUGGUAAAAUCAAUUAAGAUUCAGCUGAUGGAAGGUUGUAGUUUUUUCGAGGUCGCCGAGGAGUCCGACGAAGAAAACCGGAUCGAAAUACAAGUACAGUCGAAACUGAAAGAACUGUGCAAGCAACUACGGCCCCUAAUAGGUCAAGCUAAAUAUCUUGGCUAUGCUGCUGAAGAACUGGCCUUGUCUAUGAAACCGGUCUCUUUUCAAGAAUUUACUGAACAGGAACAUCAACAUGCAUGUCUUUAUGAUGACCACACAACCUAUAAUUUACGUGCGACUUUGGAAACGUUUCUGCAUGAAGCGGACCAGAUGAUGGAGGAAAUACUCUUUCCCAACCUUCUGAAGUCUUUCAGUGCUUCUGAUUACGGCUGUAGCAUGAAUAAAGCGGAACAGACCUUAUAUGACUUGUAUGUUAGCUUGCUUCAAGUAAGAAGCGUAUUGCUUGAUUCUCAAAAUAUUCAUUACGAGAAUCUUGAAAAUUCCACUCUCUAUCAAACAAUUUUGAAGUUGAAAAACGUUUUAUGCAGUUAUACUAGUAUUGUAGAUAAAAUUGUGCUGAAAUAUCUUCAAGAGGUUCAUGAAGAUUAUUAG